UUAUCCCAGGUUCCAUCCCAUUCAAGAAACUUUUCUUUCCUCUGAUUUUUUCCAUGCAUAAAAAUGACUCCUUGGACUUACACAGAUCAGGAGGAAGCUUCCUAGGUACCAUCCUCCUCAGUCCUACCUUUCUGUCUGAGUUAUUCAAGCAACCUUUUCUCAGUUUCCCCCCAUACAUCUUACCCCAAACAGCCCUGAUAAUUUAACUCUUUUGGAAGCUGUAUUUCAAACCACAUCCAUGGCUUCCAAGAACCUCCAGAAUAUCAUUCUUCUCUACAAGAUCAUUCUCAUUUGUGGGCUGUGUUUGGUUUACUCAAAAGCUGAACUUCCAAGGUUUGAACAUCCCAUCAAACCUGAUGGAUCGCUCAGUAUCCUGGUUGUUGGAGACUGGGGAAGAAGAGGAGCUUAUAACCAAACAGAAGUUGCAGCUCAGAUGGCAAAAAUUGGAGGCCAGAUGGACCCAGAUUUCAUCAUUUCUACGGGAGACAAUUUUUACGAAGACGGAUUGACUGGUAUUCAGGAUCCAGCAUUCGAGGAGUCAUUUAGCAACAUCUAUUUGGGGCCAAGCCUCCAAAAGCAGUGGUACAGUGUUUUGGGAAACCAUGACUAUAGAGGUGAUGUUUUGGCACAGUUGGAUCCCAUCCUCAGACAAAAAGAUAGCAAAUGGUUAUGUCUUAGAUCUUUUAUCCUCAAUACAGAUGUUGCGGAAUUUUUCUUCAUCGAUACAACGCCAUUCGUAGAUAAAUAUUUCUUCCGCCCAGAAGAUGAUAAAUAUGACUGGAGAGGAGUGCUGCCCAGAGAGGAAUAUCUUUCAAAUCAGUUGAAGGAUUUAGACACUGCCCUAAAGGAAUCAAGUUCAAAUUGGAAGAUAGUUGUUGGUCACCAUACACUCAAAAGUGCUGGAGAUCAUGGAAUCACAGUUGAGCUUGAGGAAAGACUUCUUCCAGUUCUUCAGGAAAACAAUGUUGAUCUUUACGUUAAUGGACAUGACCACUGCUUGGAACACAUCAGUAGCCCUGACAGUCCACUCCAAUUUCUGACGAGUGGUGGAGGGUCAAAGGCAUGGAGGGGAAAUGUUCAGCCAUGGAGCCCUGAGGAGUUGAAGUUGUAUUAUGAUGGACAAGGUUUCAUGACCAUGAAACUCACCAAGUACGAUGUUUAUGUCCAGUUCUAUGAUAUUUUUGGCGACAUUUUGCACCAAUGGAGCCGUUCAAAAGGGUUUUACUCCACGUAAUUAAAUAGCAUUUUACUAGAGGUUAAAGCUGUUUUAACAGCUUAGGAAUUAGUUAAAUUUGCUCCAAAAUCAAGAGACUAAACCUAAUAGUAGUACUGCAUUGGGGCAAUGUUCGUAGCUUCCUAUAUAUGUAUUAGUAUGGGCAGAAACUGAAUUUUCUUUGACUUGAUCUGUAAUUAAUCUUCUUUUCUAUGUCUGUUAAAAAGCA